GGCGGCGGCGGGGCGCGAGGAGCGGGGGCGGGGGAGGCGGAGGAGGAGGUUGAGGAGGACGGUUGGUCCUGGAGGGGUUCGAGCGGUGCCGGUGGUUCCCCACCUGAGCGCGGGCCCGUCGGGCCGCGCCGCACCGCCCCGCACCGCCCCGCACCGCCCCACCGCCGCCAGCCCAGCGCCCUCCGCCCCGGCAGCCCCACCCGCACGGCCGCAAGGACGGCCAUGGGGUCGCCUCCGCCCCUCUUGGCCCUGCUGGGGCUGGGGCUGGGGCUCGGCCUGUUGCUGCUGAGCGGAGCCCGGGCGGCCGAAGAGGACUCGCGGGACGGAGGGGAACGGCAGCCCUGGCAGGACAAGUGCUCGGGGCUGAAGGUGGUGGGCCGCUGCCGGGCCUCCAUGCCGCGGUGGUGGUACAACUCCACCGCACAGAUCUGCCAGCCCUUCAUCUACGGGGGCUGCGGCGGUAAUGACAACAACUUCCUGACCCAGGAUGGCUGCCUCCAAGCCUGCACUGGACCGUCAGACAACUCCAGUGACGGCUCAAGCGCCAGCCACAGAAGAGGCGAACCAGCUGCCGGCGGAGGUCCCGGAGCCGUCCAGAGGAAUGGAGAAUUGGACAAAGACCCCUUCAACUAUGAUGACCACUGCGCGGCCAGUGCGAUGACAGGACCCUGCCGGGCUGCCUUCCCCCGCUGGUACUUCGAUGCCCAGAAGGACGCCUGCGUGUCUUUCAUCUAUGGGGGCUGCCGGGGGAACAGGAACAAUUACCUGACCCAGCGCGACUGCAUGGCCUCAUGCCACGGAAAAAAUACCUCCAGCCUGCCUUCCCCUGGCAACCUGCCCUCCAGCAAAGCGGCGGUGUUGGCGGUGGUGCUGGCCGGGAUGGCGGCCGCCCUGCUGGGCGUGAUGGUGGUCGUGUUCGUCCGGAUGGCCCGCGGGGCCCAGAGCGGAGCGUUUGACACCAUCUGGACCCCGGUGGACGACAAGGAGUACCUGGUCAAGAACGCUUAUACUCUGUGAUCAGGCCACCCUCCCACCCGCCCAUCCCCAUCUUCUGUCCCUCCCUCCAUCCCCCAUUUUGUUUUGAGCCCGAAGGGGUCCGGGCGGGGCCCCCGGGGGCGAGAGAGGGAGCUAUAUAGAGAGCCUGGGUUUUUUAGUGUGACUGUUGGUUUUUGUUAUUUUUGAUCCCUGGAGGAGGUGAAUGUGGUGGUGAAUCAGUUCAGCCAGCAGAGGAGAGGGAGGGGUGGGUGGCUGCCCCUCCUUGCUCUCGAAUCCUGGGGUGGGGCUGUGCUUGGCAGAGCUCAUGUCCUUCUUCCCAGACGGAGCCAGCGUUAGCUUUUGCACGCUGCGGAAAUUCAAUAAAGUGCCUUCUCUGUGACCACAGGUCCUUCUAGUA